AUGAAAUCACCAGAAAAGGAUAAUGAAGAUGAGGCUUCAUUUGUGAACAUAAACCUGGAUGACCGGCAGACUCCUCGACCUACAAUGGAUACACUCGCCACUCCCAUCAGUAACCUACGCAUGGGUUGGAUGUCCCAAAUGUCUUUGCAAAGCCAUUCAAACUCACCCUCGCACGAGAGUCUCAAGAGAAUCCAGAAUAAGACGAUAGCAUCUUCAUCGACCCCUAACCUUGCUUUACCGAAAAGGAACCAAGAAGAUGUAUUUCGUGAACACACACCCUUUUCUCAUACAGAUGGAGAAAAAAUUAGUCCAUUGAAACGGGGUGUCGAAGGAAAAUACAGGAGCCGGACUGAGGCUCCUGGGUCUUCGUCCCGGCUUCGGCCCUUGCUCUUGGCUGGAAAAGGCCCAUCACCUCCUAGGGGCGUUGUAUACGACUCUAAUAUGGUUCCUGGUGUUAGUAUGACUGUACAAGACUUGAAUGGUGAAUUGGUGUCUGUUAGGUCACCUACCAAAUUCGAUUCUUCCGAGUAUUUCCCCUCCAGAUUCUCAUACAAGGCAGCUGAGAGCCCGGUUCCCAAGAAAGGAUCCUCUUCAUGGAAAGAUGCAGAUAAUAAAACUAAUGCUGCAAACAGUGACACAUCUUUCGAAAUGGAUUCUGUAUCACCAAAAAAUUCGUCCCAAAAUGUACAUACUGGAUUAUCUACAGUGCCAUCUGAAAAACCAACGGGAAGUUCGGCUAAAAUGUCUUCCAACCAAAUAAUACCACCUCUACAUGUUCCAAAAGGAGGUUCUUCAAAUUUGACACGCAUGCCACAUCUUCCACCUAAACCGAGGAAAGAAGAAGCAAAACAUCUUGCCGAUUUUGAACGUAUGAUGCAGGAGUCAAAACAAGCUGAAAAACGGCGCGUUGUAUCUCGCAGGUCUGAGCUACGAAAACGACAGGAAGAUGAAGAACACGCGCGCCUUGUUUGGGAACGCGAAAUCAUGCCCUGCUGGACGCGCGCUAGAGAAGACGAAAGACUGUGGAAUCUAUGGUGGGGAGGAAUACCACAAGUCUUACGCGCGCGUUUGUGGCCACGAGCGUGUGGAAAUGAUCUUAUGCUGUCUCACAAGAUUUUUCCACGUGCAUUAGAGUCAGCACAAAGGGCAAUAGCUUCUGGUGCAUUUCCAGACAAUUUAUUGGAAGCAAUUAAAAACGACAUCACUCAGACUUUGCCAAGUUUACGACUUUUUGACGAGCAAACCGGUCCUCUUUAUCAAGACUUGAUUGAUGUUUUACUAGCAUUCGUCUUCGUUCGAGCUGACGAGGCAUCACAACGUGAACAACUAGGAUUCACGGAUGUGGCAUUCGUUCAUUCUAAAUACACGCUCUAUGUGCCUGGUGUAGCGAACCUGGCCGCAAUACUAAUAAUGAACCUCACACCAACUCAGUCCCUCAUUCUUCUUUUGAACUUGAUCGCGAAAAAAAGUUGGCUCAAAGCCAUAUAUGGCCUCCAGACCAAGUCGGGAACAGAGGAUCUAUCAUCUAAAGCCCUUCCUGUCGAGCUGCAAGGAUACGAACGCGUGUUCAAUGCUCUUCUUGCUGAACGAAUGCCAAAUAUAUAUGCAAAUUUACACAAAGCCGGUGUUCUUCCAGCAGAAUAUGUACGUGAGUGGGUUCGCACGCUAUUUGUGCCAUGGGUUGAAAUCGACACAGCUGCGCGUUUGUGGGAUAUCAUACUUUUAGAUGAUGGCGAUUCAGUUUUGUUCCGUGUAUCGCUCGCGUUUCUCGAAUUGCUUGAACCCCGUCUAUUUGUUCGAGAUAGGGACGAGCUUGUCAGUGUAUUACAGGGUUCAAACAAAGGUGCUAUUCAUGUAUGGCGCCGAGAACUGGAUGGGAAUUUGGAAGACACCACGCCACCCAAGGAUCGCAUUUAUGCGCAGUACCAAAUGAACGAAAGCUCUAUCUUCGAGCGACUCUUUUCUCAAAAUGUCUGGUGGAAAGAUAUGACUUUACAACGUUUACUUGAUCGGGAAUUAAAUCGUUAA